AGCCAAUGGGUGUCUGAUCUGGGGGCUGGGUACUAGGGGAGAGACCACCAUUGCAGGGAGACGCUGCGCAUCAGGCAAGCCAAGCGCACAGGCCGUUAUUUACUACGGGCGCCGUCACAGCUUCUACUACAAGUGUAGGAGAGAGGACUGAAGUUUGCGACGUCGUCGUUUUGUUCGUCCGGGGUCAGCAGCAGGUGUGAUUGGACUUGACAACGGCAACAAGGUUAAACCUUGCUUUUGCUCCAUAAAACUGUCGACGCAGCGAGGCGGACAGCCUCUGUCUCUCUUUUGCGCCACCGACUCCACGGCGGAUAAGCUUCAGAAGCGGGGUGAAGAUGAUAGCAGCUCAGCUUCUCGCGUACUAUUUCACUGAGCUUAAAGAUGACCGAGCUAAAAAGAUCGACAAGUACCUGUACUCGAUGCGCUACUCGGACGAGACGCUCCGGGACGUCAUGGGUCGCUUCAGGAGGGAGAUGGAGAGCGGCCUGGGCCGCGACACCAACCCCACCGCCAACGUCAAGAUGCUGCCCACCUUCGUCAGGUCCAUCCCCGAUGGCUCCGAGAAGGGGGACUUCAUCGCUCUGGACCUGGGCGGCUCCAACUUUCGCAUCCUGCGCGUGAAGGUGUCCCACGAGAAGAAGCAGACGGUGCAGAUGGAGAGCGAGGUCUACGACACGCCAGAACACAUCAUCCACGGCAACGGCACGCAGCUGUUUGACCACGUGGCCGAAUGCCUUGGAGACUUCAUGGAGAAGCAGAAGAUUAAGGACAGGAAGAUCCCCCUGGGGUUCACGUUCUCCUUCCCCUGCCAACAGACCAAACUGGACGAGGCUGUGUUGACGACCUGGACGAAGCGGUUCAAAGUCAACGGAGUGGAGGGAAUGGAUGUGGUCCAGCUGCUGGACAAAGCCAUCAAGAAACGCGGGGAUUACGAUGCGGACAUCAUGGCGGUUGUGAAUGACACAACGGGCACAAUGAUGACCUGUGGCUUUGACGACCAGCGCUGUGAAGUGGGCAUCAUCAUAGGUACGGGUACCAACGCGUGCUACAUGGAGGAGCUGCGUCACAUUGACCUGGUGGAGGGCGAUGAGGGCCGCAUGUGCAUCAACACGGAGUGGGGCGCCUUCGGAGACGACGGAUCCCUGGAGGACCUGCGCAGCGAGUUCGACCGCGAGAUCGACCGCGGCUCGCUCAACCCUGGCAAACAGCUGUUUGAGAAGAUGACGAGUGGCAUGUACAUGGGGGAGCUGGUGCGUCUGAUCCUGGUGAAGAUGGCGAAGGAGGGCCAGCUGUUCGAGGGCCGCAUCACCCCCGAGCUGCUCACCAAGGGCACGAUCGAGACCAAGCACGUCUCCGCCAUGGAGAAGAGCAAAGAGGGCCUGAGGAAGACCAUGGAGAUACUGACACGCCUGGGGGUGGAGCCCUCCGAGGAGGACUGCGUAGCCGUGCAGCACGUUUGCACCAUCGUGUCCUUCCGCUCGGCCAACCUGAUCGCCGCCACGCUGGGCGCCAUCCUCAGCCGCCUCAAGGACAACAAGGGCGUGCCGCGCCUCCGCACCACCGUGGGCAUCGACGGGUCACUCUACAAGAUGCACCCGCAGUACGCCCGGCGCCUCCACAAGAAGGUGCGGCUGCUGGUGCCGGACUCGGACGUGCGCUUCCUGCUGUCGGAGGGCGGCAGCGGCAAAGGGGCCGCCAUGGUGACGGCGGUGGCCUACCGGCUGGCGGACCAGUCGCGGCAGAUCGCCCAGACGCUGGCCGAGUUCCGGCUCAGCAAGGCCCAGCUGCUGGAGGUGAAGAAGAGGAUGCGGAUCGAGAUCGAGCGCGGCCUGGGGAAGGACUCGCACGCCACCGCCAGCGUCAAGAUGCUGCCCACCUUCGUACGCAGCACCCCAGACGGCUCCGAAAAUGGCGACUUCCUGGCUCUGGAUCUGGGCGGGACAAACUUCAGGGUUCUGCUAGUGAAGAUCCGCAGUGGCAAGAGGAGAACCGUGGAGAUGCACAACAAGAUCUACGCCAUCCCCAUCGAGAUCAUGCAGGGCACUGGAGAGGAGCUGUUUGACCACAUUGUGUACUGCAUCUCUGACUUCCUGGACUACAUGGGGAUGAAGAACGCCCGCUUGCCUCUGGGAUUCACCUUCUCCUUCCCCUGCAAGCAGACCAGCCUGGACGCAGGCAUGCUGGUCACCUGGACGAAGGGCUUCAAGGCUACAGACUGUGAGGGGGAGGACGUGGUGGAGCUGCUGAGGGAUGGCAUUAAGAGGAAAGAGAUGGAAGAACCAGAAUUUGACCUGGAUGUGGUGGCCAUUGUCAAUGACACUGUGGGGACCAUGAUGACGUGUGCUUACGAGGAGCCCACCUGUGAAAUCGGUCUGAUCGCAGGAACUGGGAGCAAUGCCUGUUACAUGGAGGAGCUGCGUAACAUCGAGACGGUGGAGGGCAACGAGGGCCGCAUGUGUGUCAACAUGGAGUGGGGCGCCUUCGGAGACAACGGCUGCUUGGACGACAUCCGCACCCAGUACGACAGGGCAGUAGACGAAAACUCGCUCAAUGAAGGCAAACAGAGGUAUGAGAAAAUGUGCAGUGGUAUGUAUCUGGGAGAGAUAGUGCGGAACAUCCUCAUCGACUUGACAAAGCGCGGCUUCCUCUUCCGAGGCCAGAUAUCCGAGACGCUGAAGACCCGGGGCAUCUUCGAAACAAAGUUCCUCUCCCAAAUUGAAAGUGACCGCUUGGCCCUGCUCCAAGUCAGGGCCAUCCUGCAGCAGCUGGGUCUCAACAGCACGUGCGACGACUCCAUCAUCGUGAAGGAGGUGUGCGGCACCGUGUCGCGCCGCGCCGCCCAGAUCUGCGGCGCCGGCAUGGCCGCCGUGGUGGACAAGAUCCGCGAGAACCGCGGCCUGGACCACCUGAACGUGACCGUGGGGGUGGACGGCACGCUCUACAAGCUGCAUCCACACUUCUCCCGGAUCAUGCUGCAGACCGUGAAGGAGCUGGCUCCCAAGUGCGACGUCAACUUCCUGCUGUCGGAGGACGGCAGCGGCAAAGGGGCCGCCCUCAUCACCGCCGUGGGCUGCCGCCAGAGGGAGCUAGAGCGCCAGCAACAGGCGUAACCACGCGUCGUCACAGCAAACACACACAGCACCACCACUCGACACGACACGACAUGACACAGCCACACAGCAUAGUAGUGGAGGGAGGAAGGCUACUCUGUUCUGCCCUGCCCUGCCCCUCUAACCAAACCAAGCUCUGCUGUGCUGACCUGCUGAGGCGUAACACAAAGUCACAGUCACACGGCACGUACGACACACACACACACACACACACACACACACACACACACACACACACACACACACACACACACACACACACACACACACACACACAACACAGCCACAACAUACCAUAGUAGAGGGAGGCACUGCCUGCCUCCAACAUACCAAGUCCUGCAGACCUGAUCUGCUCUGCUGAGGCUUCUUUUCGUGGGCACGCAACACCCGAAUCGCCCAGCCCUCCCUCCCUCCCUCCCCUCCCCUCCCCUCCAUGUUCCCAUGGAGAGUAUUCUUCUGGAGUUGCCGACCGUGGCUCCUAAACACCACUGCCCUGCUGCGACACUCCCUCACACAAGAGAGUUGACAAAAGGAGGGAUCUUGGGAGUUAUUUAAGUUUUUUAAAAAUGUAUUUUGCAUUGCACUAAAUGUCCAGUUUUAACAGCAUUUAAGUUUUGUUUUCCUUUCGGGUAAAGCUUAUUGUCAGGUUAUCUGAGUGGGCGGAAGAAACACGUUUUGUUUUGUUUUUUGCUCUGAAAUAUUCAUAUUGCCGGUAUCAAUAGGCCAACUGCCAACAUUUGUUUUGUAUAUAGCAGGGGCAUAGGUGUUAAAAUGUUACUGUAUGUAUUAUGUGAAGAAGCACCACCUUCAUUUACUGGUACAAAGCACUGGAAUUUAAAAAGAUAAAACAAAAAACCCAAGUUCAGAUCAGUCAGUGACAGGCUGGUCUGGCUUAAGAUGACAGUGAUUUUUUAAAUAUAUUUCUAUCUACAUAAGCUCUCCUGUCAAUGUUGUAUCUUUCUCUUUAACACUCACCUGAAUUAUUCAGAGUCUAUCUUUGAAAUAACAUUAUAUGUUUCCUCGUGCACAUUAAUAAUCACUGGUUUUGAGAGGGG